ACCAAAACUAAAACCAUGAGUUUACCACGUUUUGAAGACCUUUUCAAACAAAUAAAAACCAACUUUUGGCUUUUCGGGAUCCCUUAUGACCAACCCAAAAUUCAUAUCAGAUUCUUCAUUUUAAUAAUUGGUUUGUUGCUUAUGGUAACUGAAGAAAUCUUGUUUCUUGCUUCGAAAAUAUCUACUGAAGAUUUGUUAGUAAUAACCCAACUGGCUCCAUGCUGUUGUAUCGGCGUUUUGUCUUUACUAAAAGUGGUGUGCCUUGUACCAAAAAGAAACAAAAUAUUCAGUCUCACGCAUAGUCUGAAAGUUUUAUACAUCGAUUCGAUAAAAGAGAUGGAAAAACGAGAAAUAAUACGCGAUAACAUAAAUUUUGUCUCACUUCUCAGUAAAUAUUUUUUUCUGUUGAAUGCUGUACUGAUUUCGGUAUAUAAUUUUUCCACGCCGCUUUUCAUUUUGUAUGAUUAUAUAAAGACCAAUGAAAUUGUAUUUCGGUUGCCAUACGACGUAAUAGUUCCAUUUCGCGUUGACAGAUGGUCAACGUGGUCAGUGGUAUACAUUCAUUCUAUAUCAAGCGGUUUUAUCUGUGUAUUAUUUUUUACAACUAUUGAUAUUCUUUACUGUAUCCUUACUUCACACAUUUGCAAUAAUUUUGCCCUCAUUUCGAAUGAUUUGUUAAAAAUUAAUUGUGAAAACGUGAACAAUCUUAAAAAUAUUAUCAAACAACAUCAGCAUAUCAUGCAACUAUCUCAAGAACUGGAGGACAUUUUCAGUCUACCAAAUCUUUUCAAUGUGUUGGUGGGUUCGGUUGAAAUAUGUGCACUUGGAUUUAAUUUGACUAUGGGAAGCUUGACUCAAGUGCCUGGCUGUGUUUUAUUUUUGAUAUCAGUUCUGCUUCAAAUAUUGAUGAUGAGUGUUUUCGGUGAAAACCUUAUCAGGGAGAGCAAAAAUGUUGGAGAUGCCGUUUACUUUAGCGACUGGCAUAAACUAGAUGUAAAGACAAGGAAAAUUAUACUUAUCAUUAUCACUAGGGCCCACAGACCUCAAAUAUUAACCGCUUAUAAGUUUUCUACGAUUUCUUAUCAAAGCUUUACUAAGAUAAUCAGCUCUUCGUGGACAUAUUUCACAAUACUGAAAACAGUGUACAAGCCACCUGAAAAUACUUCAACAUAGAAGAAAAUAUAUAGAAAGCUACAUUUGUUAUUUUUCUUAUAGGAGAUAGUUAUCUCAUCACUUAGUGACACAAGUUUGCAAAUUCAAAAAGAUCCAAUAAUCUUAAUCCUGAGGGCAGUAAA